UCUAGCAGCAUCACAAGUCACAGGGAGGAUGGCUGCACCUGUGUGGGUCUUGUGCUGCUCCGUGUGCGUGGCUAUUGUCGCCGCGCUGUCGCCCGGUUUCAAUGACCCCAUGCCGUACUACACGCUGCCAUUGCUGGAGAUCCUGCACCCUCAGAACGACAUGAUGAUGGCGGAUACAGAGCUGCAGGUGGAAAUCGAGGUGCGUUCCGAGCUGCUGAGCUCAGGUCUGCGUCGCUCCAGGGUCUGCAUAGUGAUGCAGCCAGCCUACGUACCACCCGACGUGGUACUCGAUAGCGGAGCAGGCGAAGUGGACGAGUCCUGCUUCGAUCAGAGCUUGAAUUACACCACAUUCCACGUUGCUGGCCUCGUACCAGGUCUCUCUUACGCGUUGACUGUCGGGCUGGAGAACGACGGCAAUAUGGUAGCGUUAUCCACACGAACGUUUUCAGUCGGUUCCAUCCUAUUACCAGGCGUCGAUGACCGCUUAAGCGUAGCCGACGCCCUGGAAGCAGGAGCAGAACUGCACAAAGCACAGGAACGAGAAACAGCGUCUGGCAUUUAUCGCUACGUGUUGGCCAUUUUCCCAGAUCACGGACCAGCGCAGCAUCUACUAGGACUGGCACUGUAUCAAGACGGCAAGUUGCAUGAAGCACUGUCUUUGUUAUAUCGAGCAGUACAGUCGAACGAGAGCGAGGAGAAUUUCCACAACUCGCUUGGGAUUUGUCUAAAAUCUCUUGGUCGAAUAAAUGAAGCGAUCAAGCACUACCGACGAGCAAUAGAGCUGAACCCUAUGCAAGUCCAAGCGGCAGUUAACUUGGGAGAUGCCAUGCAGUCAAAGGGGAAGUGGGAGGAAGCCUUCAAGGAAUACAGCAAAGUGGCCAACACACCAAUGAGUUUAUUGUAUAGCCAACUGGAGCCGACAAAGGCUGAACAUGUGGCAAAAGAUGCAACGGGAAGACUGUGUGAGCUCAUCCGCGUCACUGACGGCUGGUAUCGCGCUGAUCGCUGUCUGAACGAAGCGCUGGAACGCUGGCCGGACGAACCUGUUUUUCACAAUGAUCGUGGUAAUUUACUAGCAAAUGCUGGUCAAUUUGAAACGGCGCUGAAUGAAUAUCAGCGAUCGUCGGAGCUUGGUCUGCUUGCAGGCACGCUUAAUCUUGCCGAGACAUUGGAAGCUCUCGGGGAAACACAGAAAAGUAUUGAUCUUUACGACCAGGUUCUUGGCAGCGAAAUCUUCGACCGCUUCCACCCUCGAACACGGAUUAUGGUCAUGAAAGCAACAGUUCUGCCGCGUGUCCUCCCUUCAUCACAAAAAGAAAUAGACGCGUAUCGUGAUCGUUUUGAACGUGAAGUCGAGGCAUUGCUACACAAUCUGGACUCACUUGAGACGACGGAGGUGGACCCUAAUCGAAUAUCGCUGUCGACCGCAAUUACGUUGACAGCGCACAACCGAAAUAACCGCGAGCUCAAGGCAGCUAUGGGUCAAUUGUAUUGGCAGUUGCUGUAUCGACGGCAGCUUAUGCUCGAAGAUUAUGUGGCAAGCUAUGGCAUCAUUCCACUGCCGUACACUCAGCAGAUCGAGGAUGUCAAGAGACCCGAGAUUGGUCCACAACGCUUGAGAGUUGGAUUUGUCUCGCGCUACAUCUUCAAUUCGGCUGUGGGGUUGUACAUGUCGGAGCUAAUACCCAAGUUCAACCGAGACAAGUACGAGAUCGUUGUCUUUGCGAUAGGACAAAGCAAGUCUAUGAAAGUGGCCAAGGAAAUCGAUGCAGUCACUGAAACGAUCGUUGCUCUUCCGAAAGACAUGCGCAUUGUCCGCGAAGAGAUUCGAGCAUGGAAAAUGGAUGUGCUCAUCUACCCAGAGCUCGGAAUGGAUAAAACCACCUAUUUCGUGUCUCUAGCUCGGCUGGCUCCAGUCCAAGCGGUUUGGUGGGGUAAUGCUGACACUUCGGGCGUACCAACAAUGGACUACUACCUCACUAGUGAACACGAGCACAAAACUGCUAACUCGCAUUACUCGGAAGCCAUCUACAAAUUCAAAGGAAUGGGUAUAUAUCACAAGCUCCCCGCUUUACCGAAAAGGGAUAUUAAUCGAGGUCAGGUGCGCAAAGCGAUUGAGGAGCGCUUCGACAUUUCGCCAGACUUUCACUUCUACCUUGCCAUCGAGGUAUGUACACAACUGUAUCGUUUUGAAUACUCUCUGUCUCAUCUUGUUUGUGUGUUUUUCAACCAGUCUAUAAUUCAUAUUCAUCCUGACUUUGAUGCUGCGGUAGCAAAGCUUUUUGAGAAAGACAAGAAAGCACAUCUCUUCCUUCUAUCGACGUCAAGCCGAAAGAUCUGGAAGAGCCAACUCCAAGCUCGGAUGGAGUCUGCAGGCGUUGAUCCAGACCGUUUACAUUUCCUCACAGAUGUGGAUCAAAAACAAGAGUCGAUGCUGAUGCGGGCUGCAGAUGCUGUUAUCGCGAGCCUUCACCUCACACGGCCACGAGCCUCACUACAAGCCUUUGCUGCUGGUGUUCCAGUAGUGACGUUCCCGAACGAGCUCUGGGCCUCCCGAAUUACGUUCGGCUUCUAUCAACAAAUGGGAAUCAAUGAUCUCAUUGCUGCUUCCUUGGACGAGUAUGUGGCAUUAGCCGUCAAGCUGGCCACCGAUUCCGCGUUCCACAAGGAGAUGGUGCAGCUAAUCAAGCGAAAUCGGUCGAAACUGUCUGAGGAUGAAGAAGCAGUGAGAGAGUGGGAAAAGUUCUUUGACUUUGCAGCAGACCAAAUAUUUCCAAGUGGCGAACUAGAAUCAUUUAUUCCAAAAUCUGAGUCUGACUGGGGUUCUCCUCAACAACUUAAAGAGAUUCAGAUUGACUGGAGCGAGGCUAAAGGUCUUGAAGAGUGGAAUCAAGCUGAGGGCUGGAGACUAAGAGCUGAUGAGGAUGAAUAGGAAUAUUUUGUUUUCAAAUAGAUUUGAUUCAUGAAACUUGUGCC